AGGGGUGCAAUGAAAGGGAGCCCAGAGCACCGGUGUGUGGGGGAGGGGGGCUGCAGGAGCCCCCGUGAGCGCCAGGCUUGGCCACAGCCCACAAACCUUGCUGGGACCCUUUGAGAGACCACUGGGCCUGGGGCACCUUCUGGGGGUCGCUGCAGGUCACACAGUCUCAGGGGGCCCCCACAGCGGGGUGGGACCAAUCUGGGUCAUCUCCCCCGUCAGCCCUGGGCACCCCCACCCCCCACAGCCGCACCCUCACUGGCUGACGGAGCAAGUUCAAAGAUCAGGCGGAGGAGAAACGUGGACAGCGGCCGCCCAUCCACACCGCGCCCGGCGGCUGCAAGGGCCCCUGUGCCGCCCUUGAGCAGGAGCGCGGUUCGCCUGGACCCCCGCUAUUGGCUGUCGGGAUGGGGGACCCCACAGGGCCACUCCCCUCCCCCCAGAAGUCCCUGUGGAAGUGGUUUCUGGACGCCCUGGGUGCCUACCAGUUCGUGCUGACCUUCCUGUUCAUGGGCCUGAGCUGCUCCCUCCUCGCCAUCUUCCUCCUCUUCACGCCGCUGUGGUCGCUGUCUGUCCUGUACGGGCUCUGGCUGGCCGUGGACUGGGACACGCCCCUCCGAGGUGGCCGGAGCUCCAAGUGGGUCAAGAACUGGAUCAUUUGGGAACAUCUAAGGGACUAUUAUCCCAUUAAGCUGGUGAAGACGGCCGAGCUGCCCCCCGACCGGAACUACGUGAUGGGCGCCCACCCUCACGGGAUCAUGUGCACGGGGACCGCCUGCAACUUCGCCACCGAGAGCACUGGCUUCUCCCGCUGCUUCCCGGGGCUGCAUGCGUCGGUGGCCACCCUGGCCAGCCUCUUCCGCCUGCCGGUCUACCGGGACUACAUCAUGGCCCUGGGACUGUGCCCCGUGAGCCGCCAGAGCCUGGAUUUCCUGCUGUCGCAGGGCCAGCCGGGGCAGGCUGUGGUCAUCCUGGUGGGGGGCGCCCAGGAGUCCCUGGACGCAAUGCCCGGGGAGCACCGCCUGACGCUGCGGAAACGCAAAGGCUUCGUCCGCCUGGCGCUGAGGCACGGGGCCUCCCUGGUGCCCGUGUACUCGUUCGGGGAGAACGACAGCUUCCGGCUCAAGCGCUUCGCCGCCGGCUCCUGGCAGCAUGUGGCGCAAAAGGCCUUCAAGGACCUCCUGGGCUUCUCCCCCUGCAUCUUCUGGGGGCGCAGCCUCCUUUUCCCGCGCGUCUGGGGCCUGCUGCCCCUGCCCGCGCCCAUCACCACCGUGGUGGGCCGCCCCAUCCCGGUGCCCCGGCGCUGCCAGCCCACCGAGGCCGAGGUGGACCACUACCACCAGCUCUACAUGCACGCGCUGCAGCAGCUGUUCGAGGAGCACAAAGCCAGCUGUGGGGUCCCUGCCUCUGUGCAGCUCACCCUGGACUAGCCCCGCCUCCCGCCUCCGCUCUUCCUCCAAUAAAGCGAGUUCUCUCUCCCGCUGGGGG